GUUUGUUCUGUCUGGUUUGCCAGCCAUGGAUUUGCAGAUGAUUUGUUUCAAAGAGAUGUUUCAUUUCAGUGGGUGUCUACUCCAAAAUCAAAUCCGUUUAAAAGGGGAGCUGAGGAUAUUAAUACAAAUGUGUUUAUCGCGUUACCGUUACCGUUAUCCGUUACUUGCUUGACACAUUUCUUGGACAAUUGAUUUUCCAACGGCUAAUUUUUUUGCAACCGCUCCACGAAAGCCUAACUUUCAUCGAGACCUCAGUUCAUGUUAACCGUUGUCGAGAUCAGACCUCUUCGCAAUGAGACCACAAGUGACUACUCUUCUUUUUGUUUUGGUCUUUAUCAGCCGAAAGAGCUCGACUGCAACUCAAAACGGCACCCGAGCAGGAAAAUUGUUUUCAAUUUUUCAGAUAAUCAACUUUCCGAAUGAAGGCUGCAUUGGAUCUUCGUCAAGAAAUGGAACUUGUUACACAUCCGACGAAUGUGCUUCCAAAGGGGGAUCUUCAGCCGGAACUUGUGCCCAAGGAUUUGGUGUCUGUUGCAUUUUUACCCUCUCUUGCGGAGGGAGCACAUCCGAAAACUGCACGUACCUCGUUGAAGCGAGCUCCUCCAACCCGACUUCAGAUCCUUGCACGUUCACAAUUUGCAAGUGCUCUUCCAAUAUUUGUCGAAUCAGAUUGGAUUUCACGACGUUUUCGAUUGCUGGUCCUGUGGUAGGAACCACCGAUGGCAUUAUUACUGCAAACGGUGGGGCAAUCGGAGAUUGUACAACAGAUAGCUUUAGCGUCACUUCUCCCGGAAAUUACGGGUCACCGCUAAUUUGUGGCUUCAACACUGGUCAACACAUGAUUUUGGAUGCCUCGGAUCUUUGUCAUCGAGCUCAUUUUGACUUCAGUGGAACCUCAAUCAGUCGUCAAUUCGACAUUAAAGUGACCCAAUAUGCCUGUGGGGAUGAAGGUGGAGGACCGGAUGGCUGUCUACAAUAUUUUACUGGAAACACCGGAACAUUUGCGAGUUUUAAUUUUCCGACGAGUGGAACGACAAUUUCUUCUACAGUGACUCAUUUGUCCAAUCAAUGUUAUACUAUGUGCUUUCGGCAAGAGGAGGGCAAAUGUGCUAUUUGUUAUAAUACCGUCAUUCCUGGCGAUCCUGGCAUGGCUAUCGACCAAGGAUCAUUUGGCCUUUCGACAAGCCCAGAUGGGGGUAUUGCAAUAGGGACACAAGACACAGGUUGCUCUACUGAUUACCUUCAGAUCCCCGGUGCAGAAAGAAAUAACGAUCCGGCAACUUAUAUUCUGGGUACGAUUCCGGCCAAUGUUCAUGAGCGAAUUUGCGGACGAAUUUUUGGCUUUGCUGAUGACGCAACCUCAGUUGGAGCUGCUAUUAAUGACGAAUCCAUCUGUUCUCAACAAACACCAUUUCGAGUAAUCUUCAAGACGGAUUCGAAUGAAGAGGUUGUCGGUGAUGGCACUGACGCAAUGACUGACGAACAACCUGUAGGACCAGGUGGUAUCAUUGGAUUUUUCUUGAACUAUGCUCUUCUAGACUGUUAAAUAUUUUACCUGCGGCUGAGAUGUGACGAAGAAACAUGUAAUGCCUUAGUCCUCUUUUUGAAAUAUUGUACACUUUCUGUUUUCGUAAUCGUGAACCAUGUAUAUGAAAUAAAACAAAACAGCCUUA